UACAGUAAUAAAUGAAUCUUCAUCGAUUCUCCUGUUGCAUGAUUUGCACAGCGGUGUCUGGUGACUUCAAUAAAAUGAAAAUGUCGCAGAUGAAAGAUGCCAUGGAAUGGCCAAAUGUUUUUUUAUGAUUACGUAAUUCAUACACCUCAUUCAAUUUAUUCUUUUGUCUCAAGCAUGAUUUGAUUAUUGAUGAAUAACGAUCCGGCCGCCUUGUUAUAUAUCGACAUAAUAUAACGAAGUCUGCUGAGCCCAUAUGUGGUCCUUAGCUUCAAGCAAGCAUAGAUCCCGAAGAUAGGAAGACGGUAGCGACAGACAAAGCGACAAAGCGACGAACACCUAGAACACCAGAGCCAAUUGCACAAAGUGCCAACACGGCCCGAAUGUUGCACAAUGCGUCACCCGAGAGUCAAGCAGUGCAGACGAUAUCGGUCACCGGGCUACGAUCUGACCCUGACACAUUAUGCUGACACCACGCUCGCACAAAGCAGUCGCUUAUUCGUAGGAACACCGAGGCAGCAACUCCGUAUCCCACAGGUGUGUGAACAGGUAGGACUUGCUUCGGCAUUGCACUGUUCUAUUCACGCCACAUUAGGGCACAAUAGGUGUGAAUCGAUAACAGCCGAGUGGCACUUUUCAAAUUGACUUUGAUUCUACUGUUUUACAGCAGACGUGCUAAUUAUUGUCCGUGUCAAAGCUGACUCCAGGUGACCUCGUCACUACACAGGUCUGCAGAUAAAGUGCACUGUUUCUGCAAAAUGAACAUCUCCCAUCAGCACCGUUCUGCAGAAACUCUGUCAAUGACGCACAUCUCGCACACUUGUGACAUUGGCGCAUCGGUAUAAAAGACCGGCCACGCCCGAUUUUCCCCAAAGUCGGAAAGACAGAACCAACAGACGCCAACACCGGAAACUGCGUUUCUCAGCGCUUCAAGAUGUUCUCGUUGACUGUCGUUUGUCUUCUGGUGGCCGGUGCUUUGGCCGAGCCUGAACCCCGGGUUUCCAGGAGCCGGUCAGCUUUCGAGGAAGUCCUGACAUCAAUGAGUACUCGCCUCAAGUCCCAGCUCUCCGCCACUGAACUGGAGGACCUGAAGUCGGCCACUCCGUUCACCUGGUCCGCCGGGUCGCACACUCUCAGUCCCGGAGUCUACAUCCUAAAAUCGCCCAACUUCCCCUUCCUGUAUCCCAACAACUAUGAUCGCACCUGGACGAUUGUCGGAGACGAGGGCCAGGACAUCCGCAUUGACUGCGGCUACAAAAUUCAGUACUCGAGCUCCUGCAGUAACGACUACCUCCAAAUUAACGGCGCCGUCCGCUGCGGCAUCGGGCACUACGGCACCGACAGCGACGAGCUGGAGAUCAGGUUCGUCACCAACCGCUUCUUCCGCUCGCUAGGAUUCGUCUGCGGCAUCGUGGUGCCGCCCGCUGCUACCACUACGGAGGACCCGGCACCGUGAGCUCGGCCCCCGACGAGCGAGGCUGCCGCGAGGCGCUGGGAGAGUGGUAGAGUCUGCACACACCGGAACCUCGGGAUAUUUCAGCAGGGUGAAGUAAACUAUUAGGUGAUGGGAAGACCGGAAGAUAAAUACUACGGGGCGGCGCGUGUGUGUCUCUGAUUUCAAGCAUGUAAUACGAUUACCUAUAUUUAGGGCGCAGACUAUUAUUCAUGCGAGUCUUCAAUAAAAGUAUGCAGAUGGGAA